CAGAAGUGAUGAUGAAGGUGCACAGGUUCACAGAGCGAAACAAGACUCUGAAAUGAAAAGUGUGCGCGAGAGAGGGCUCAUGUGGGAACCCCCUGUUUUUGAGAUAUUUCACUGAAUUUGACUUGCAAGAUUUGCAGAAGCAAGACCACCCACUGGUGUACACACCCCAGCUACAAUCACGCAGAGGGUGGGAGAGAGACAGAGAUAAGGGGAAAGGAGUGAGCAGAAAGAGGAAGCAGCAAGUUUCAUAUCAGUGUUUCUCUUUUUGGUUUAUCACAUAAUAAUGCGCUUGGAGGAACAUUACUGCCUUGGGCUGGCUGUUACUGGACGAUGACGGGAGCUUUUCUCAGCAUCAUGAGGCCUAAUCGAUGCUGGACCAUCCUCCAUGUGUCCAUCUUGGUUGGGCUGCUCCUCACCUUAAAUGCUCAGAGUGCGUCUUUUACAACAGGAAUCAAAAAUCAAUCAAAUAACACAAAAGGUGACUCUGACUGUUCCACAGAAAUUAGAGUGCGUCGCAACACAGUUUAUAAUGCAUCAGCUGGACAACAACUUUGGAUUAAUUGCCCAGUUAUUUUUUGCAAUGAUUCACCACCAACAGUCACCUGGUAUAAAGUUGAGGAAACUAAUGUCCCCGUCAAUGUCAGCAGUGACAGUCACAUUAAAACAGAGUGGAAACAUUUAAAAGACUCAGCAGGGAUCUUCUAUUUGAUCUUCCAAAACAUUCUCAGAAACGACUCUGGUCAGUAUCAGUGUCAAGUUCAAGGUGGAAGGAGUAUGAGUCAUGCCAUCACUGUCAAUGUCUACGAUCAUAGUGAAAUUACCACUGUUACACAGAAUAAUGUCAGAGUCAGCACAACUUCUGCUCCUGAAAAUACAGAAACCUUGUUGCUGUACGUGUACUCUGCUGCUGGGAUCGCCACAUUCGUCAUCAUAGUCAUAAUCAUAUCAGUCAUAUCAAUGCGAGGCUGUAAAGGGAAGCCAAAGAAGGACAGUCAAGCUGAAAAUCAGUACAUGGAGAUCCCCAUGGUGGAGCGACCUCUUCCACAACCCAGCUUGGAGCCCUCACAGAGAGGAAGCCCCUCUGUUGUGCCAUCUCGGAGAUCUACCAAGAGGAAAGCUCCACCAAGGCAGCCCAAUGAGUUGAGAUCAUCAAGAGAUAAUGAGCAGGCUUAUGGACCGAGUCAUGUGGACAGAGAGAGACAGAGGAACAGAGUGGAGGAGGAGAGCGGCUCUGUUGUGUAUGCUGCUCUCAACCACGGGCUUCCUCAGCGGGCUCAUCGGCCACGGAUGGAGGUGGAGGAGACCUCAGAGUACGCAGCCAUCCGUCUGGGAUAAAGACCAAAAACCUGCUUGACUAAAUCACACUAGAGGACAACUGAUAAAUAUCUGAAGCUGGUGUAACUCCACCAGAGGAGACCUGAAGAACAGUUAGAAGGGAAUGCAGAGACUCGAAGUAAAGAGUGUGGAUACAUAAAACACAACUCAUCACUUCUGUCAAAACUGCUCUUUGAUCGUUGAGUCAUACCGCACAGACCAUCACACCUUGUCUACCUGAGAUCCUGAAGACUUGUUGAUAAUUUAAAUAGCAGAAUUAGAACCCUCACAGUUUGGUCAAUAUUUAAAAGCCUACAAGCCUUCAUAAGUGUUUUUACUCUCGCUGAUUAUGCCUCUGCUCAGUUUGGGAUUUAGCAGAGUUAUGCUGAGAUUCUUCACCAGAUUUCAUGCCACUAACAAUUGGUACACUAACAAGAGCUGUGUUAGAGCAUGUUUGAUAUAUAUGGGCACAGUGUCUCAGCACAUACAGUAUCAACCAGUGUACCUAGCAAAUUACACCUACCAGCGUCAAUCAACCAUAAAAUACAACCUGUACCAAGCAAACUGCAAAGAGUAAGGACUAAUAGGCACAAACAUCACAUUGUGUUUAGAUUUAAAGCUGUUAGGGAUUCUAACACCAAAGCUGUUGCCUCUUAUGGUGCUUAAUAGAAGCAGUUUGUGUCAUGUGGCAUCAUAAGCAGUCAUCUCCAGGGCUGAAAAAUGAGAGGUGCCAAAAACUGCAGUUCCUCAAAUGUCCACUUGAGGUUGACUACAAAAGUCAAUCCUUGUAGUUAAAAUGUCCAAGUUUACACCAGGAAUAACAUGACAGCAUGUCAAAAAGUAAAGGGUUGAAAAUAAUACCAAACUAGCUGGUAAUAUAACAGCAGUCAGGAUUACUUAUUUGUGUAUGUUACUCCUGUGUGCUGCAGAGCUCCUGUGCCAAAAUGAUGUAAAACAACAGCCCUGUUCCUGUUAGCAUGUUAGUUCAUUAGCAGGAAUGUGAGCGUUGUAGUGUAUUUUAGAUCAAUUCUAUAUACACGAUGAUCCUGCCAUUAUUCCUCAUUAGUUUACCAAAUAUUUAUUAACAUGCUACUAAAAUUAGGUUCUCACUGUUUUUGUGUUAGAGUAAAAAUUGUUGAAAAUAUAUCAGCUCUGGGAUAUUAGUGCAUCCUUUUAAAAUAAGAAAAAUGUAGAUUUGUGACCAGAUCUGGAAAGAUGUACAACGUCUGCAGGGAUGUGGGUUAAGAGCCAUAUACAGGUAUAACAAACUCAGGGAGAGAGAGAUGAUCUUUGUUCUGAAGAUUAUUGUCAAUGUAUUUGUGUACAUGUACAUGACACAUGAGUAAACUGUCCUCUAAGACAGAGGUGUCACAGAAGCUGUAGUCAGGUCAAGUUGUAGUACAAAACAAAUGUUUGGAGAUUUUUAUGAUUGUCUUUAUUGAUUUGAAUGUUUGUUUGUUUUUUGUUUUUUUGUCAUACACUCACUGUGAUGUUGUUCUGUUGCACAUCCAUGACUUGAAUUAACUCUUGAGAAACUUCACCUAUGAUAGCAGUAAUGGUUAUCUGUCUGUAUCAUAUCAGCUAUCCACUCACUUUCUGACUACAUGGAUGACUAAUGAACUGUUGUAAUUAUUGUGAUUCAUUGGGAAAUAGAAAUGUAAUAUUAAACAUUUUGUGCAAUUAAAAACUAUAAUAUUUCUCCAUAUCUGUUAGAUUUUAAAAAAGAUUAUAAUGACUCAUUCUCAUCCUGUUU